AUGUUAGCUUCAGAUAUGACGUCUCGAUUGUCCACUGAACCAAAUUUUCCAUCGAAGGGCACAAUCAGGAAGGAGAAGAAGGAUGAAUCAUUUUUUGAAAAGCUAGGAACUCUUGGAAAAAAGAAGAAAUCUCAACAACUGGAACAAGAAGCUGAAAAUGAAGCUAUUGAAGUUGAAACAGAAGGAGCAAAAGCAAUUGAUUCUGCAGUUAUCCCGGUUUCAGCGACUCUGCAGAAUAUUAUGCUUGAAGAAGGCGAGGAAAAAAGACUGCUGACCAUGGAAUCUCGUGAUGACCCACGUAUACAAGAAGUGAUACAGCUUUUGAUUCGCUGGCUGAACUAUGAAUUAGCAUCGCAAAGAAUCGUUGUGAAACACAUACAAGAAGACUUGUACGACGGUCAAAUCAUACAAAAACUUACUGAAAAACUAGCGAAUAUCAAGAUUGAAGUACCUGAAGUAUCGCAAAGUGAGGAAGGACAGCGGCAAAAACUGCACAAAGUGAUUGAGACUGUUAAUCGCAUCAUCGCUCAAGGACAGUAUGAAAAAGCAAAAUGGAAUGCUGAUCUAAUUCACAAUAAAGAUAUGGUAGCAAUUAUACAGCUAUUGGUUGCGAUUGCUAUAUACUUCCGUGCUCCUGUUAGAUUUCCGGAGUAUGUGAAUGCACAGAUCCUCGUCCUACAGAAAAAAGACAAUCAACUGAAAAGCCGUUAUAUCACAGAACAGCUUACAACAACCCAGUCAGAGUUGGGUGUCAAGGGUGAGAGAGAUGCUUUUGAUACUCUAUUCGACUACGGACCAGACAAACUGGCUCAUGUAAAGAGUUCACUGUUGGCUUUCUGUAAUAAACAUCUUAACAAAAUUAAUUUGGAGGUGACAGAUCUGGAGAAUCAGUUCAAGGAUGGUGUUUAUUUGAUAUUUUUGAUGGGUUUACUGGAAGGAUACUUUGUUCCACUUUAUAGUUUCGAUCUACAGGCAUUAACAUAUGAGCAGAAAAUACAUAACGUUACGUUCGCAUAUCAGCUGAUGUAUGAAGCCGAUUUGCAAAAACCACGCGCAAGAGUGCAGGACAUUGUAAAUGGUGAUUUGAAAAGCACGCUGCGUAUUCUUCAUUCAUUAUUUACACGGUACAAGCAUGUAUAA